AUGAACCGGAAUCGGGGCUAUGCCUUACUGUUCUUCCAUAGUGAAUAUGCUGAUAAAGCGAAACGCCCAGGAGCGCUUGCAGAUUUAAAAGAUGUCGAAGAUGCAUUCAAAAGAAAAUUAUUUGAAGUCGAAACAUUUCUAAACAAAAAGGCCAAUGAUGUUAUUCGCAAAACAGAAGAAUAUGCUAAAAUGGAUCACGCUGGCAGAAAUUGUAUUGCGAUUAUCAUAUCAACCAAAUUAAGUCGUGAAGGAAAUCUCCGGGCUUACGAUGAUACCUAUGAUGCAGAUAAACUGCUUAAAUUCUUUACUCCCGAUCGAUGUCCUAGCUUGGCGGGUAAGCCAAAGUUAUUUUUUAUCCAGGCUGAAAGUGCCAAUGACUCUAGUGUUUGUACGGAUACAAGGGAUGUGUAUUUACCACUUCAUGCCGAUUUCCUAGUAGCAUAUUCCAGUGUUCCUGAUUAUGUGUCCUUAUGCUCUGUUCCCAGAUCAGUAUUUUUACAGGAGUUAGCUGAGAUUCUAAUCAACCAUGGCACUUAUGAGGACUUGGUGACAUUAUUGACAUUCGUAAAUCGGAAUGUAGCGCUUUAUCUUGAAGAAAAUUAUAAAGAUAAUUGGAGAAAGCAAAUUUUACCUCCAAGUUUUACCUCCACGUUGCUGCAUAAUGUACGUUUUGUCUAA